AUGUCUUCCAAUUCCAACUCCAAUAUCCUCCCCAAAUGGUCCACCCUCGGCGGCCCGCUCAAGAACCACCCCAACGCGACAUACUCGUUCCCGACGCGGACCAUGUUCAACGCCGACACGGGCACGUACGUCGCGCACCCGACGUGGUCCAACGACGCGGCGGCCCAGGACCGCGAGCGUGCGCGCGUGGCAGGGCGGGAUUUUGCCUACGCGAGCGGCGACCCGAGGCAUUGGGGGUCGAGGAAUCACGGGGUGUGA